GUCUCUGCAUGUGUGUCUGGGCGACAAGCAAUCACAUCCACCCUCGAACAAACAUCCAGCAUUCAUCUGUAUCUUUGUGUCUCUCCGUCUUUGGAAUUUGUGGGCUCUUGCUGCUCCUGCACCGUGAAAAGUGUUUUUUUUGGUUUGUUUUUUAAAGGAGUGGAACCUGCCUGCACCAAGUUCUUUUUGUUUUCCACUCUCAUCAGAGCAUGGCUGCGACUCGUCUCCGUGACUGUUGCUGACGUGUGGGAUGUUUGUCCAACCCGCGCGGAUCCUUCUUUAGGAUCUAAAGAAGUUUGAGCGCUCCAGACACAUUCAUUCUGUCAGGAUGAGGUGCCCGUGUGACUUUUUAAAUUUCACUUAAACACAGCUGAGGAGAGAGUGGGCUGCACAGCCUGAUACAUCUGCAGCAGCAGAGCUUCUCAUCUAAGUGUCUGCGAAGAGCCACAUUUCAUACUCUUUUCCAUAUUAGCGCAAGACAGAGACGUCAGAAAUGAAGAAGUUUCGUAAGGUGUUGGACGGCUUGACCACCUCCUCUCCGGGUGGCGGGACUAUGGGAUCGCCGUCGUGUGGCAGCGCCGCCGGGACCCCCACAGCGGCGCCCACCCCCAAAGAGAUCGACGUGCAAGAGACUCUCGUGUCAGAAAACUUUCAGCUGUGUAAGACGGUGCGCCAUGGUUUCCCCUACCAGCCCACUGCUUUGGCCUUUGACCCUGUGCAAAAGAUCCUGGCCAUCGGCUCCAGAUCAGGUGGUGUUCGAAUACUGGGUCGACCUGGGGUUGACUGCUUUUGUCAGCAUGAGAGCGGUGCAGCUGUUCUUCAACUACAGUUCCUCAUCAACGAGGGAGCAUUAGUCACAGCCUGCGCAGAUGACACGUUACACUUGUGGAAUCUUCGUCAGAGGCGACCUGCUAUCCUGCAUUCACUUAAGUUCAACAGAGAAAGGAUCACAUUUUGCCACCUUCCAUUUCAGAGUAAAUGGCUUUAUGUGGGGACGGAGCGUGGGAACACACAUAUCGUCAACAUCGAAUCCUUCAUUUUGUCUGGAUACGUCAUCAUGUGGAACAAAGCCAUCGAACUAUCAACUAAGACUCAUCCAGGACCUGUAGUUCACUUGAGUGACAGCCCAAAAGAUGAAGGCAAGCUUCUGGUCGGGUUUGAGAGUGGGACAAUAGUGCAGUGGGAUCUCAGGGCCAAAAAGGCUGACUUCAGGAUCUACUACGAUGAGGCCAUCCACUCAGUCAGCUGGCAUCAUGAAGGAAAGCAGUUUAUGUGCAGCCACUCAGACGGCAGCCUAACAGUAUGGAACCUCAGAAACACCUCAAAGCCUAUCCAGGUUACAUUCCCACAUGGUAAAAUACAAAAAGAUGGAAAGAAGGAAUCAUGUAAACCCAUACUGAAAGUGGAUUACAAGACUUCAAGGAACAGUGAGCCUUUUGUCAUCUUCUCUGGAGGUCUUUCAUACGACAAGGCAGGACGGCGGCCUACGUUAACCAUCAUGCACGGCAAGGCAAUCACAGUGCUCGAGAUGGACUAUCCUAUUGUUGAGUUCAUGACUCUUUGUGAGACUCCAUACAAUAACGAAGUCCAAGAUCCUUAUGCAGUGGUGGUGCUUUUAGAAAAGGAUUUAAUAGUGGUGGAUCUAACACAGAGCAACUUCCCUGUCUUUGAGAACCCCUACCCCAUGGACAUCCAUGAGUCUCCAGUUACAUGCACAGCUUAUUUUGCAGACUGCCCUCCAGACAUCAUCCCUGUUCUCUACUCCAUAGGCGUUAAACACAAGAAAACAGGCUACAGUCAAAAGGAAUGGCCAGUUAGUGGGGGAAUGUGGACGUUAGGCUCGCACACCUACCCGGAGAUCAUAAUCACUGGGUAAGUCACAAAAAUUUUAAUUAUAGUAGUGCCUUUUUUGGGCAGUACGUUAGGUCAUCAUCUGCCAUUGACGACACUAGAGGUCCAAUCCAUUUUUACUGGGAGACACUUUAUUGUAAGUCAUUUAUUAACAAUACUCAAACUUGUAGUCUUCCAGAAAGCCAGUCUUCAGCAAACAAAUAAAAAUCCAAUGUAAUUAACUCAUUGGCUGCCAUUGACGGCGCUAGAUGUCCAAUCCUUUUUGACUAGGAGGCGUGAAUGGACGUCUAACUCCGUCAAAGGCAUUGAAUUACGAACAUUCUCGUACAGCCCUCCCAGUUUAAUUGAAUUGGACUUCUACAGUUGUCAAUGGCAGGCAAAGAGUUAAAUAAUAUGAAAAUUUAAAAUAAAUAUAUACUGUAUAUAUAUAUAUAUACAUAUAUACUGUAUAUACACCAUAUUUUCAUGACCAUGGGGUGCACCGUAUUAAAAGGCGCAGGCUCAUUUUCGGGUGAUAUUUUUGUAUUUAACACACACACAAGGCGCACUGAAUUGAAUUGAAUUGGGUGUAUGAAAGACAUACGCUAGAGUAGGCAGUGGGAGCAAAACUGUGUUCAAUUUGACUUUAUUAAAGAAUUUAACAAUGUACUUAUCUUCAUCAAUCCACAAAUCUCUCAAAGUCCUCAUCUUCUAUAUCCGAAUUGAACAGAUGGGCUAGGUCUCCAUCAAGCAUGUCAAGUUCGUAAGCGUGUCUCUUCGCAGUAGUUGCCAUUUUCUAGGGUCCUUCGCCAAACCAAUGAUGUUUAGCCUAACGCACAUACUCGAACACUACAUCUACUGGGGGAAGGCCCGCAUCACAAGCAA